GGGAUCAGACCAGUAGGAGUCACCGCGAGCCUCGCUUUCUCCCUCUGCUCUGCUCAAUCUCUCCGUGAUCCAGCAGGGAAACAGAAUGCCGGAAGUGGGGUUUCGGGAUACAGAGUUUCGGGACUCGUAACCGUUGAAAGUUCACACUAUCAAGAAACCUACUUUCCCCGAGAAUCAAAGCUUUUCCGGUAGCUUGUGUUCGUCAGCCUUUGUUUCACCGUUUCAUUCAUCCGGACGUUUACAAUGGGGCUCCCGGCGCUGGAAUUCAGCGACUCUUUUCUGGACAGUCCUGACUUCAGAGAGCGACUCAAAUGCCACGAAAUUGAACUGGAUCGUACCAAUAAAUUCAUCAAGGAACUAAUCAAAGAUGGAAAUAUGCUUAUCAGUGCGCUUAAAAGUCUUUCUGCAGCUGUGCAGAAAUUCUCCCAGUCGCUUCAGGAUUUCCAGUUUGAAUGCAUUGGAGAUGCUGAGACCGAUGAUGAGAUUAACAUUGCGCAGUCAUUCAAGGAAUUCUCCCAGCUACUGAACACGGUUGAGGAGGAAAGACGGCGGCUUAUACAGAACGCCGAUGAUGUCUUGAUCACACCGCUGGAGAAGUUUCGCAAAGAGCAGAUCGGAGCGGCCAAAGAAGGGAAGAAGAAAUUUGACAAGGAGACAGAGAAGUAUUACACCGUUUUGGAGAAGCACUUAAGCCUGUCUUCAAGAAAGAAAGAAUCACUUUUGCAAGAGGCAGACACACAGAUCAGUAAGGAGAGACAGGUCUUCUAUGAUGCCUCUCUCGAAUAUGUUUUCAAAAUCCAAGAAGUACAAGAGAGGAAAAAGUUUGAGUUUGUUGAGCCGCUGCUGGCCUUUCUCCAGGGGCUGUUCACUUUCUACCAUGAGGGUUACGAGCUGGCCCACGAGUUUGAGCCGUACAAGCAACAGCUCCAGUUCAACCUCCAGAAUACGAGAAAUAACUUUGAGAGCACAAGACAGGAAGUGGAGAAUCUGAUGAGAAGGAUAAGAUCAGCAGAGCAGGACUUUAAAGCUCCGGGACAGUGGACGAUGGAGGGCUUUCUCUAUGUACAGGAGAAACGACCUUUGGGUUGCACAUGGACUCGUCAUUACUGCACAUAUGAAAAAGGCACCAAGAUGUUUACCAUGAGCAACUCUGAGCUCAAGACUGGAGGCAAACAGAAUGGACUGAUCAUGAGCCCCCCUGAGAUGUUUAAGCUAAAGUCCUGCAUUAGACGCAGGACUGACUCUAUUGACAAGCGCUUCUGCUUUGACAUCGAGGUGGUGGAAAGGCAUGGCAUCAUCACCCUUCAGUCUCUUUCUGAAUCCAACAGACGGUUGUGGAUGGAGGCUAUGGAUGGAAAAGAGCCGAUUUACACCCUUCCAGCACUUCUGAGCAAGAAAGAGGAAACAUUCCUGAACGAAGCAGGUUUUAACUUUGUGAGGAAGUGUAUUGAGUCUGUGGAAGCCAGAGGUAUCAACACAUUGGGGCUGUACAGGAUAGGUGGAGUAAACUCUAAAGUCCAGCGGCUGAUGACCUCAGUCUUUGCGGCCAAAGCUCCUGCAGACUUGGACCUUGAUCCAGAUACCUGGGAUAACAAGACCAUCACCAGUGGCUUGAAGAACUACCUCAGAUGUCUGGCAGAACCUCUUAUGACCUACAGACUCCAUAAAGACUUCAUCAUGGCAGUCAAAUCUGAUGAUCAGAAUUACAGGGUCUGUGCUGUUCAUGCGCUCGUUUACAAACUUCCUGACAAGAAUAAAGAGAUGCUGAAUCUUCUGAUCAAACAUCUACACGUGGUUUCUACACAUAGUCAGAAGAAUCUGAUGACCGUGUCUAACCUGGGUGUGAUUUUUGGACCAACGCUCAUGCGCUCUCAGGAGGAGACGGUCGCUGCCAUGAUGAACAUCAAGUUCCAGAAUAUUGUGGUGGAGAUCCUCAUUGAAAACUACGACAAGAUAUUUCAUCAGGCUCCAGAUCCUAACGUCCCCCUGCCGCAUCCUCAGUCUCACUCUCAGUCUCGUGGUGGUGCCAGACGCAGCAAAGCCAUCUGUCUGUCGUCCGGCUCCCGCAAAUCCAGAGGCCUGUACCCUCCUGCCCUGUGCCUGGCUGAUGCUGACAGCGACACGUUCAGCAGCAGUCCAAGCAGCACCCCUAUGGGCAGCAUGGAGUCUCUCUCAUCCCACUCUUCAGAGCAGAACAGUUGCUCCAAAACAGGCUCUCCGUCUCGGAACAAACACAAGGCCUCAGGGAGUCUGUGCUGGACCACUCCAUCUCCCUCCACGAAUGGGCCAAAAAGCCCCGCUUGCACCACCAGCCCCGAUUCCAGCUCUAAGGAGGACGCCAACAAGACGGAUGGAGAAUGGGAAGAAGCGCUGAGUACAAGCCCAGGCGAUCGAAGCUCUCCAGCCUCAGAGCUUCUGCACAGGACUCUGGGAGAGACAGCGGAGGAUCAGCGCAGUCUGUCCUCUUGUUCCUCUCUUACGUCACUGCACAUCUCUGAGGGUUUCAGGAGCUGUCAUGGCUCCAUCCAGAGUCUGGUGUCCCGCAGUCAGAGAGACAGUCUCAAAUCUCUCCAUCUGCCGGAUCUUCCUCCCAAAGACGGCAUGAGAUUCAGAGACGAUUCCUCCGCCAGCAAUGGCUACCAGAGACCGGGAUCUGUUGUGGCCUGCCGAGCAGCAAUUUUUGAGUGUCCUGUGAUUUCUCAGCCUACAACAGGAAGAGACGCGAAAGCCUUGUAUUCCUGUCAAGCGGAGCACAGUCAUGAGCUGAGUUUCCCCCAGGGGGCGCACUUCUCCAACGUUUAUCCUUCAGUUGAACCUGGAUGGCUCCAAGCUACAUUUGACGGCAAAACGGGACUCAUCCCAGAGAAUUAUGUGGAGUAUCUCUGACGGGUUCGAAAAAGUCAAAAACAAAGUCCAUGGUAUCCAUGGUGUUCAUUUCAGCACAAAAAGGGACCAUUAAUAUGUACAGCCUUACUGUAUGUAAAUAGUGCAUAGCAUUAUAACCAUAUCAUUAACCGCUGCAUAUAAUUUAAGUUAAUUCAGGAUGUAAAAAUAUCACCUUAUGCAUUGUAGAUUGUAUUACCAUACUAGGUACAUGCGGACUGAAGACUGUAUUGACUGUAUUUAUGCACACCCCAUUAUGCGGAUAGGUGUGAUGCUUUUAAACUGUAGACAUGAGCUCAUAACACUCUCAUCAGUGUUGCGGUAUGGCUCUGAAGGAAACUGUGGGUUUUUAUUAUAUGUAGAGGGAGAAUUAUAUAUGUACCUUAUGCGUUUAUUAGCCACCAUAUUAAGUAGCAGAAGAUACUGGACUUCCCAGUGAGAUGUUUGUGAAAUGUUUUGGUAGUGUUUUAGGGACUUUCUUUAGUGAUGCUCGAAGAUCAGCUAUGUUUGGUAGAUGCAGGUCAUCUUUCAUUCCAGUAAUCGGUGAGUGUUUUUGGUCAAAUCAUUUCAUACGAGUUGGCAUACUUUCAAAACAUUUAUUGGUACCUCUGAACCUUUUUCUGUCCUUAACGUUUUUUAAUCGACUGACCUUAUGAGCCAAAAGUGUCUUAUAUGCUUCUGAAUGUUGUUUGAAUUAUACUAAUAUACUGUCAGUUUGUGGCGUUUGGUAAAACAGUGUAACAAAAAAAAGUGUUAUUUGUGAAGUUUUUAGCUUAUGAGUAUUUUUGUUGUGUGUAAUAUAGUGGAUUUUGUAAUGAAGUACAAUCAAGAAAUGAGAAAAUACUUCUGACAGUGUUCAAUUCUGUAGUUUUUAGUGGUAAUUUGUUAUAGUUUGUGCUCACGAAAAUGCAGUCGUUUAAGUAUAGUUCUGCUGUAUUUUAUUUUACACUGGUUUAGCAUUUCUGUAUGUUGAAAUGAAAAAAACAUUUAUUAAUGUCAUUCACAGAUUAACUUAAUGUUUCAUAAACAUUUUAACUAUUAAAAUGUCAUUGUUUAUUUACUGAAA